AUGAAAAUAAAAAAUAUUAUAUUAUUUAUUUAUAUUAUUCAGUUAUUGUUUACAAGUGUUUUUGGUGCCGAAAAAAAAGUUAAUGGGGAAUUAACAUUCUAUGCUGCUGGAGACAAUUGUCCACCCAGUGCCGAAAUUGCUUAUCCAACGACAUCUAUGCCACAGGCUGGUGGAGUAGGAACUUACAGUGAUCCUAUUACAUGUGCUAGUGCCAGUGCAUGGUUUCCUGUUCAUUCGCUCGUUUAUAUCCCAGCUUACAAAAAGUAUUUCAUUAUGGCCGAUUCAUGUGAAGAAUGUGAAAAUGAAUGGGAUGAUGAUGGAACAUACCAUAUAGAUGCUUGGCUUGGCCCAUCCACAGUUUCACAGGGUACAACUAAUUGUGAAGUCCAGCUCUCUUUAAGUAAUACCCAAUUUAUUAUUAACCCUGUUUCGACAUAUGCCGUAAUUACAACACCAUUCUUCCAAAAUGGAACUUGUAUAACACCUAUCACAGAUCCAUGUGUUGAUGAGGGAAAUGAAUGUGGUAAUACUUGCCAACUACCAAGUGCUAUGUCUUGCCAAGCUGCAGCAAACUUGUUUGGUAUAACUUUAGCUAGAUUUAAAGCAUUGAAUCCCUCUCUAGGUUGCACAAGUAAUAUUGCCAAAGGUAAAACUGUUUGUAUGAGUGGUUCGUGUGGUGGCCCAUAA